AUGAAUUAAUCAAAUUAUAACGGAUAUAUAAACACCUCUAGUGAACUAGCUUCUUCCCGGGUCUCUUGCUAUCAAAAUCUGGCCCUUAACACCUCCUCAAUUUCAGAGAGUGACAACUACUCAAACAAUGGAGGUAGUGCAGCUAAUGGCAACGGUGGCACUUUAUCCCUGCUUAAACAGCAAUGUGCAGUGCUGAUCAAGAAUCGGAAAUAGUCGAAAUAGUCAGUGAGCAGCAGUCAGCAAGUUGACACUAAUUCCUCAAAUUACAACAUCAUUAGUAGCAGCAACAUCAACAACAAUAUUCUGCAUAGCAGUUUUAUCAACGAAAUUAAUAACCCUCGUAACAACAACAACUACAAUAAUCCGUACCUCGAAAAUAGCUAAUAUGGCCUCAGCUCAGAUAACAACUUAAACUAGACUACCAAUACUCUUAAGAUCGCUGAUCUGAAUCUGAAUCUCAAUACAACGGCUAAGAAUCUCGAAAAGGAUUUCUAGCUAUGCCAAAUGGAUAUCAGUUAGACAACUGAUCUUAAAAACCAAACAUCAUCAACCUUAGGGAAACCAAACAGGUAAAUAGUGCUUAGUGAAAAUCGAAGAGGCAGGUAGCUCGAAAGAAUGAGCGAGGAGGAGUCUUAGUCACUGAACUCGAGUGACUGUAAGAUAUCAAACUCAAUGAAUCACAGCAGGGAUAACUUAACACCCUUUCAAGGUUCACUCAAUGCUCUAGUCAUCACUGAAAACUAUAAUAGAAAUGCCAACACUUGUGAUUCCUUAAAUACAUCCAAUAUCUUUGUAAAGAUUGGUGUAGCUUCUGAUAACAUGAAUAGGUUGUAAAAUAGUCUACAAUCAAAGCAAAACAAUCCACAUAACUUUAGAGAACCAUUAGUAAAUACUACUAAUGUGCAUCAUAAUAACAAUAAAGAUUUGAAGUAUGAACUAGAAUAGAUCAAUAUCAACUCCUAGAGAUAAAUUAGCAACAAACACUGUGAAUCGAUCAGUUCUUAAGGUAGUCUAGUGUCAAACUCAUCUUUAUAUGGAAUCCAAAGCUAUGCUAAGCAAUCAAUCCAUCAAAACGAAACUGAAUAGAAAUAAAUAGAUUACAAUCAGCCUAGACAUUCCACAAUAAACCUUGUGUAAAACAAUUAAAGCAAAUUUGAGUGUCACAAUAUAUUCAGUCCUAAUGUGAACACAAAUAGCAAUGGGAAAAAUCACUUGCAUGAGGAAUCAAUAUAAAGAUCCUCUUAGCAUAACACCAGUAUGCAGUAGCCUAUGUCUCUCAACACUAGUCAUAGUGGCACUGGCAAAACAACAAUUGAAUAUAAAGAAUUGUCGUUUCAUAAUCCUCAAGUUUUCUCUCUAAUGCAUCAAUAAUAAAUCUACUCACCUAACAUUGAUACCCUGAGACAUGUUUAAGCAAGUGGGGAAUGUCCACUAUAGAAUGAAAACAAUAUUGAUAAGCAAUCAUAGAACACUCAAUAAGUUGCCAAUAACCAAGCUGAAUAUGCUCUUUAUCUUGAGUAAAACCCCAUUUCUUACUAUAGGAAACAGAGUAACAUGUAGUAUGUGAAGACAUAACAAGAAGAUGAUGAGUCAGUAAGUUGUAUGGGGGGAAUGGACAUUAAGGAGCUUGACUUGAAGUUAAGUCCAUAUGACUAGUUCCGCAGUUUGUCUGAGAGAGUGGAGUAUAAUUAGCAAUAUCAGCAGAGAAAUUCCAAGCCAAAUUAAUAUGCAUCAUCUGAAUAAUCUUAGAAAGUUUCAGAGUAACUCUUGUUGCUGGAAGACAUGACAUUUCAGCAGAAUGUGAAGGGUGACGACUGCUACUAUCAAUACUUGCCUCUACAGAAGCAGGAUAAUCAGUAAAGGUCUAGUCCAAAGUUAGAUCUAAAUGAUGAUAUGUCUAAAUCAGGAUUCACCUUAAUGAUCCCAAGCAAUUUGAAUCUUUCUCACUUGCCAAUAUAGCAAUCCAACAAUGAUAUCCACUCGCAACACGGUACUGAUAUGAACUUCCAAGCAUCUCUAAUCAUUGCCAACUUGCAAGGUAUAGAUCAUAACUACCCUCAAGAACAAUUUACAGGGAGUAACACCCACACUUCAAUUGUAGCAGCUGACUAGUAUCUGCUGUAUAAUGAGCAGGAUUUCUAGCACUUUGCUUAGUAAAAGCAGAGCUUUACUAAUGAACCUCAAUCAAUCAAUAACACUCAAGAGCUAUCAUUUAAGCAGUUAAAGGAGAUAAGCAUGUACAGUAAUGAUAUAUGCUAAGGUGGAGAUGAAACUGAUGAGAAGUCUUUAAUAAUUGAACUAAUAAAGAUCCCAUAGGAGUCAAAGACAUCUACCAACGUGACUGCAACUCAGAGAGCAUAGAUUAAGAAUGAAGACAUCAAAAUCAUUGAGAAUAGACAUGAAACUUCUACUCAGUCAUUUUCAAAUGAAGAGCAAAGAAUACUCAGUGAGUUAUAGUAACUGGACAAGCAUCUCUAAUCUAUAGUUCAGACUAAAACUGCAACUAAUACCAAUAAAAAGCAUGAAUCAGCUUGCAGUACUAAUGUCUCUAACAAACAAGCCUUGAAAAUAUGCUACUCUAAAUUAAGUGUGCUUACCUAGCAAACAUAAUAAACAGCCUAGAGUAGAGUAACCCAAAGCCAAAGAAGCCCAAUCGGAAUUCCACCUCCUGUUGAUUACCUAAGUAAUGAAUAGCAAAUUGGAGCGAUGAAGAAGAAAAUGGAAUUGCUUGAAGAGUUACACUCGUAAAGGUAAAUCUAAUAGGCAUCUGAGAACUAUGACAAAUUGAUAUAAAAAGUUGGCAAGCAAGUCAUUGUAACUUAGUCUUCAUUUGAUAGAGAGUUUGAGAGAGACAAUAAUGAGCAGCCUAAUUAUAAUUUCGUCAGUGCAUGCCAUAAAAACUAAGUAAACAAUUCCUUGAUGUUGAACUUAAACAAUUUAACUUCUUCUUAUGAUAAUUAAGAGCAGAAUUACCAUUAAUAGUAAAUGAAGAUUGAAGAUUUGGAUCAUUCCAAUAAUGGAUAUGAAAGAAAUUAAUAAGAUCAACAAGAAGUCAGAAUGUUAGGCUUCCAGCCAUUGCCUUAGAGGAGAAGUCAAGCUAGAUUAUCCAAGCAACACAAAAGCAAAGGUGAAAAAUCUCUUGAAAACUUUUUAAGGAGGUAAAUAAACUGGCUUGACAACAAAAAUGUGAAAGUAGAAUAAAGGAAAGAGUAAGUCAAAGAGUAAAAUGAGACUAGUGAAAUGACUGAAUGCACUUUCAAGCCAAAGAUUAAAAAGAUUAAGAACGAAUCUUAUAAUGCUAAUAACUAUACUCUUGCAUAGAAAAAUUACGGACAUCAAAUGAAGCAGUAGCACUCAUAAGUAAUGAGGUAAAAUUAUCACUCAAGCAUGAGUCCAAAUGUGUUUAAGCAAUCUUUGGUUGGUAAGUAAUCAGUGGAAAGAGUUGAGGAUAGAUUGAUAUCAUGGGAGCAUAGAGUUAAACUGAAGUAGCAAUAAUUUAAAAAAGAUCUUCAUAGGGAAUUCAAGAGAGAGUGUCCAUUUAAGCCAAACUUAAGUCCACUAGCUAAAGUCUAACGAGACUAUUCAAAUGAUGCACCUAGAAGCAUAAGCGACAAUAAUAGAGAGAGAAGAAGUUUAUCUUGCAAGAAAGAUAGACUAAAGUCAUUCGAAUAGAAAGGAGUUGCUGGGUUUUCAAAUAUGAUGCAUCAGAUUAAGGAGGAAAAUAGGAGUAUUACAGGAAGAGGCUAGAAUGAUAACAGUAAGACCAGGUUCAAUAUGGUAGAAUUCUAUUAGAGAAAUCUUAAUUGGAGAUCUAAGGUUGAAACUCACAAAUAACUGAUAAUCAAAGAAAAGUAAUUGAAGGAGGAAAAGGAAAACACUUUCAAGCCUUAGAUAUGCAACAUGUCUGAGGCCAUUCAUAAAAAGAAAAUAUAGUAUCUAAAGUAAACUAAGCCAGAUGGAGAUGGCUCGCUCUAUUAUCAAGCCUAAGUUUUCAAAGAUAUCUAAACUAAGAAAUAACCUAAGGAUUACAGUCCAGUCCUAUCAGAAAGGAGACUUCAAAAAUCAAGAAGUAAAAGUGCGAAGAAUAGAAAGCAAGAGACAAGAGUAAAAUAAAUUUAACAGCCAAUACAGCCAAAAUCUAAACCUUAAACCCUAUAAAAUCAUUAGUAACACGCCAGAGCUUAUAAAAGUUCAGAAAAGACUUAAACUGAUAAAAAUACAGAAACUAAGUCCACAAAACUUGAAGUAGCCUUAGUUGACCUUGAGAAAGAAAAGCAUGAAUUCGAGAAAUUAAUCCAGAAAUUAUCUCAUAAAAUCCUUCGUCCAGAGAGCAGAGGCUUUAUAAGUGAUGGAAAGACCCCUGCAUUAAAUGAAAUAAUUUAGACCUAAGCUUCAUAUUUUGGAGAUUAUUAAGACAAGGAGCUUAGCGUUGAUGAUCUUAGGUCACCCUACAAAGAAAAUGAUAAGAGAUAGGAUUAGAAUCAAUCAAAGUUGAUGUAAGAAUCUGAGUCAAGUCCAUUCUAGGAAUAUGUGAGAGCCUUCAAUAUUGAAUCUUAGAAAAAGCCUACCUUACUCCUAGCUGAUAGUGAUUACAUAAGUAAUAAUGCUGGGAAUCAUGUGGGUUAAUUCCACGAAGACACUUUUAGUCAUAGAAAUAAUGAUUCUGAGAUAGAGGAGACUUAGUUCUUUAGUUGCUAGUAAAACAUCAAUUAUUCAAGUUAAAAGACAAAGUAGAAUUCAAAUAACAAGUCUUAUACGAUUAUUAUGAAUUAAAAGAAUCAUAUGAAGAAGUAGCAGUAACAGCAAUAGUACCAGUCAAGGACUAAGAAAUAAACAAGGCCAUUUUAUUAGAAGGAAAACUAGCAAACAGAGGAUUGCUAUGCUUUGGACUAAUUAGUGUUGAAAUAGAAUGGGAAUAAAGAAGUGGAAAGCGAGAGAAAGGUCCAUCCAAAUAAAUGCAACCCUGCCCAAAUGAACUUAUUCUCAGAGAGUAAAAGAAGUGGAGUCUUUGAUGAACUCAAGAAUCUUACUCUUAGAUUGAGAGAGACUUUAAGUCAUAAGGAGUCUGAAUGCAAUAACAGCACAACCAAAUGA